AUGGCCGACAUCGACUCCGAGUUCUUCUUCCGGCACUUCAUGGACAGCGACGGCGAGGACUCCGACGGCGACACCGAGUUGCUGAUGAGUGCUGCUCUCUGGCCUCAAGGAGAGAAGAGGUGCAGGUUUUCCAAAGAGCAUGAGAGUGCCAGGAAGAAUGUGAAGCGGGCAUUUAGGGUGCUGCAAGCUCGUUGGGCCAUUGUUCGCCAUCCUGCGAGAACAUGGGAUGUGGAGAUCAUGGCCGAGGUGAUGACCGCUUGCGUGAUCAUGCACAACAUGAUUGUCGAGGACGAGCGGGAUGAUUCCAUUUUUGAUAAGGAGUGGGAUUUCCGUGGGGAUUUGGUUGAGCCCUAA